UUUUUUUUUUGCAGAGUGUGCCAUUGAGAACCUGCGUAACUGUGUGAGCUGAGACAAUGUUUAGCUGGCUGUUCUGAUUCCCCUAAAUGGACAGUUCUGAUGAAGGCCAUGUGUGGUUGGGUGAUGUCACAAGGGAGUCAGAAAAAUAGGAGGCCUGUUUCUGUUAGAGAAACUGUAGAGAGUCACAGAGGAGGAAUAUUUUUUAAUGCCAAAAGCAUAGAGAGAGAAAAUAUGUGUUGUAGUGUCCUCUGAUCUGCAAGCUUGCACUUCAACACAACCAGUCCUGAAAUUGAUCAGUGUGAGUGGCCCUGGAUUUGUUUCCAUUGCCUGGGACAUCUUUGUCUCCAUGGUCUGCUGCCUCCAGGGUCCAAGCAAGUACUUGUGGAUGCUGGUUUCUUUCCCUCAGGUAUCCUCAUUAGCAUCCUGAUGCCAUAGUCCCACAGAGAGCACCAGGAAAGCAUCUCUGAGGCUGCUUGACGUGACUGCCGUCACCAUGGUGACUGCUUCGGAUGCUGGAAGAAGUGAAAGAGGCUGGAAAGAGGUGAGAGCCCUGGAUGUACAUGGAUGAUGACCGAAAAAUCCAACGGUGUGAAGAGCUCUCCAGCUAAUAACCAUAACCAUCAUCCUCCUCCUUCUAUCAAGGCCAAUGGCAAAGAUGACCACAGGGCAGGUAGCAGACCACAGUCUGUGGCAGCUGAUGAUGACACUUCCUCAGAACUGCAAAGGUUGGCAGAGAUGGAUACUCCACGCAGGGGAAGGGGUGGCUUCCGAAGGAUUGUCCGCCUGGUGGGGAUCAUCAGAGACUGGGCCAACAAAAAUUUCCGUGAGGAGGAACCAAGACCUGACUCCUUCCUAGAGCGUUUCCGUGGGCCUGAGCUCCAGACUGUGACAACCCAUCAGGGGGAUGGCAAAGGCGACAAGGACGGCGAGGGAAAGGGCACCAAAAAGAAAUUUGAACUGUUUGUUUUGGACCCAGCUGGAGACUGGUAUUACCGUUGGUUGUUUGUCAUUGCCAUGCCUGUUCUUUACAACUGGUGUCUGUUGGUAGCCAGAGCCUGCUUCAGUGAUCUACAGAGAAACUAUUUUGUGGUAUGGCUGGUGCUGGAUUACUUCUCAGACACUGUUUAUAUUGCAGACCUCAUCAUUCGGCUGCGCACAGGCUUCCUAGAACAAGGGCUCCUGGUCAAAGACCCCAAGAAAUUGCGAGACAACUAUAUCCACACUUUGCAGUUCAAAUUGGAUGUGGCUUCUAUCAUCCCCACUGACCUCAUUUAUUUUGCUGUGGGUAUCCACAGCCCUGAGGUACGCUUUAAUCGUCUGUUACACUUUGCCCGUAUGUUUGAGUUCUUUGACCGCACUGAGACACGUACAAGCUACCCCAACAUCUUCCGAAUCAGCAACCUGGUCCUCUACAUCUUGGUCAUCAUCCACUGGAAUGCUUGUAUUUACUAUGCUAUCUCUAAGUCCAUUGGCUUUGGGGUUGACACCUGGGUUUACCCCAACAUUACUGACCCUGAAUAUGGCUACCUGGCUAGGGAGUACAUUUACUGCCUUUACUGGUCCACACUGACCCUCACCACCAUUGGAGAGACACCACCCCCUGUAAAGGAUGAGGAGUACCUAUUUGUCAUCUUUGACUUCCUGAUUGGUGUCCUCAUCUUUGCCACUAUUGUGGGAAAUGUGGGCUCCAUGAUCUCCAACAUGAAUGCCACACGAGCAGAGUUCCAGGCCAAGAUUGAUGCUGUCAAACACUACAUGCAGUUCCGAAAGGUCAGUAAAGACAUGGAAGCCAAGGUCAUCAAAUGGUUUGACUACUUGUGGACCAAUAAGAAGACAGUAGAUGAACGAGAAGUCCUAAAGAACCUGCCUGCAAAGCUUAGGGCAGAGAUAGCCAUUAAUGUUCAUUUGUCCACUCUGAAGAAAGUGCGCAUAUUCCAGGAUUGUGAAGCUGGCCUGCUGGUGGAACUGGUACUGAAGCUUCGUCCUCAGGUCUUUAGUCCUGGAGAUUAUAUUUGCCGUAAGGGGGACAUUGGCAAGGAAAUGUACAUCAUCAAGGAGGGCAAAUUGGCAGUGGUAGCUGAUGAUGGUGUGACUCAGUAUGCCUUGCUGUCAGCUGGGAGCUGCUUUGGUGAGAUUAGUAUCCUUAACAUUAAGGGUAGCAAAAUGGGCAAUCGGCGCACUGCCAAUAUCCGUAGUCUGGGCUACUCAGAUCUCUUCUGCUUGUCCAAGGAUGAUCUUAUGGAAGCUGUGACUGAGUAUCCUGAUGCCAAGAAAGUCCUGGAAGAACGGGGUAGGGAGAUCCUGAUGAAGGAAGGUCUACUGGAUGAGAAUGAAGUGGCAGCUAGUAUGGAGGUAGAUGUUCAGGAGAAGCUGGAGCAGCUGGAGACAAACAUGGAGACCUUGUACACUCGUUUUGCCCGCCUGCUGGCUGAGUACACUGGAGCCCAGCAGAAGCUCAAACAGCGCAUCACAGUGCUGGAGACCAAGAUGAAACAGAACCAUGAGGAUGAUUACCUAUCAGAUGGGAUAAACACCCCUGAGCCAGCUGUUGCUGAAUAGCCAUAGGUGCCUGUCCAGCCUUGCUUUGACCCCAGGAGUUAGAAGUGCUGUAUAGAACUUUACAUUUACACACAUUAUGCUCAUGUCCCUCCGAACUCCCAAAGCCUUGCUGAGGCUUAAGGUUUUGGCUACAUCUUGGAGUCCCCUUCCAAGUCCAGCUAACAGCCAAGCUUGUGGAUAAUGGAGAUCAUGUGGGUUGAAUUUCUAAGAGCGUGACCUCCUAAGUCUCACAAGGAAUCAGAGAAUAGCUAAAUUGUCCUUCCUGAGGCUUUUCUGGGACUAGAUAACUAGACAGUGUUCUCUGAAGAACACUGUGCACCACAAUGCCUGCCUGACUCCUUUUAGCUUCUUUAUAUCGAGUCACUCCCUACUGCAUUCUGCCCCAAAUACCUUUUUAAUGUGUUCUCUGAACAGCCUGUUUCCAUGCACUUGUACACAUUUAAGAAUUGGCUGCAGACACUGGGCCCCCUACCCUGCCUCCCAAGGCAUGCAAGGUCUGUGAGGGGAGUGGGAAGGUGGGUUUGAGUGUUGGUGCUCAGGGUCAUACUUCCUUGUCAGACAAUGUCACUCUGAGAAGGAGGUGGCUGGCAGCUUUGGCCAUCACACCUUAUGCACACAAGUUCUGAAGAGUUUGUGAAGGCUACUGCUGCAUGAGAUACUGUGAAUUAGAGGCACUUAAAAGUUAAUAAAUUCCUUUCAGCUA